AGGGGUUUCCGCUUCCUGCCGCGGCGCCGCGCUUCCGCUUCCGGCGGGGUGGCCGGGAGGCGCGACGGGAGGAUGGACGGAGCGGUGGCUCGGUGCUCCGCGCGGCUGCUGCAGCAGGAGACGGAGAUCCAGGCUCUGAGCGCCGAGGUAGAGCGCCUGAGGGACGGCGGCCGCCCGGAAGGGUCUCCGGAGCUGGAGCAGCUGCGAGAAGAGAACCUCAAGCUCAAGUACCGGCUGGCUGUCCUCCGCAGAAGUCUCCAAGCAGAAAGGGGCAGGCCAACCCACACCAUGCUCAACAUCAACCGCCGCCUGCAGGAGGUGUUCGGCUGCGCCAUCCGGUCUGCCUACCCCGAGCUGGAGAACCCGCCUCUGCUGGUCACGCCCAGCCAGCAGCCCAAGUUCGGGGACUAUCAGUGCAACAGCGCCAUGGGCAUCUCCCAGAUGCUCAAGGCCAAGCAGCUGAAGGUGAACCCGAGAGAAAUUGCCGAAAACAUCACUAAGCACCUCCCGGACAACGAGUGCGUCGAGACAGUUGACAUUGCUGGCCCAGGUUUUAUUAACAUCCACCUGAGAAAGGAUUUUGUGUCAAAGCAGUUGACCAGCCUCCUGGUGAACGGCGUCCAGCUGCCAGCGCUCGGGAAGAACAAGAAGGUGGUGAUUGACUUCUCCUCUCCCAACAUAGCCAAGGAGAUGCACGUGGGCCACCUGAGGUCCACCAUCAUCGGGGAGAGCAUGUGCCGGCUCUUCGAGUUCGCCGGCUACGACGUGCUGAGACUGAACCACGUGGGGGACUGGGGCACGCAGUUCGGCAUGCUCAUCGCUCACCUGCAGGACAAGUUCCCGGACUACCUGACGGCCUCGCCGCCCAUCGGGGACCUCCAGGCCUUUUACAAGGAAUCCAAGAAAAGGUUUGAUAGUGAGGAGGACUUCAAGAAGCGAGCUUACCAGUGUGUGGUUCUGCUUCAGAGUAAAAACCCAGACAUCAUCCAAGCGUGGAAACUGAUCUGUGACGUCUCCCGCCAGGAGUUCAGUAAGAUCUACAGCGCUCUGGACAUCUCCUUGAUAGAGAGGGGGGAGUCUUUCUAUCAAGAUCGGAUGGAUGACAUCGUAAAGGAGUUUGAAGAGAGAGGGUUUGUGCAGGUGGACGACGGCAGGAAGAUCGUCUUUGUGCCCGGCUGUGCCGUGCCCUUGACCAUCGUGAAGUCGGACGGAGGCUACACCUACGACACCUCAGACCUGGCAGCCAUCAGGCAGAGGCUGUUUGAGGAGAAGGCGGACAUGAUCAUCUACGUGGUGGACAGCGGACAGUCCGUGCACUUCCAGACCAUCUUCGGUGCCGCGCAGAUGAUCGGCUGGUACGACCCCAAGGUCACUCGCGUGUCUCACGCCGGGUUUGGAGUGGUGCUGGGGGAAGACAAGAAGAAGUUUAAAACGCGUUCAGGUGAAACGGUGCGCCUCAUAGACCUUUUGGAAGAAGGAUUAAAACGAUCCAUGGACAAACUGAAAGAAAAGGAAAGAGACAAGGUCUUGACCGCAGAGGAGCUGACGGCCGCUCAGACGUCGGUCGCCUACGGCUGCAUCAAGUACGCAGACCUUUCCCACAACCGGCUGAACGACUACAUCUUCUCCUUUGACAAAAUGCUGGACGACAGAGGGAACACGGCCGCCUACUUGCUGUACGCCUUCACGAGGAUCAGGUCCAUCGCCCGCCUGGCCAACGUGGACGAGGAGAUGCUCCGCAGAGCUGCCCGGGAGACCCGCCUCAGCCUGGACCACGAGAAGGAGUGGAAGCUGGGCCGCUGCGUGCUGCGCUUCCCCGAGGUCCUGCAGAAGAUCCUGGACGACCUCUUCCUGCACUCGCUCUGCGACUACGUCUACGAGCUGGCCACCACCUUCACGGAGUUCUACGACAGCUGCUACUGCGUGGAGAAGGACCGGCAGACGGGGAAGGUGCUGAAGGUGAACAUGUGGCGACUGCUGCUGUGCGAGGCAGCCGCGGCCGUCAUGGCCAAGGGCUUCGAGAUCCUGGGCAUCAAGCCCGUCCAGCGGAUGUAACCCCGAGGCUCCACGCUGCCUUCCACCACGGGGGCCGCUCACACUGUUGGCUUUUUUACAAUCAC